AUGAAGUGGUUAAUAGAAAAACGGAAUACUAAUUCUGAUGAAAAUUUUGAGACAGUUGAAGAAAUAAAUACAAAUGAUGAAACCAAAGUGGAAUAUGAAAAUGACGCAAAUAUAUUGGAAAAUGAAAGUGAUACAAAAAAAAUGGAAAAUGAUACAAGCAUAUUAGAAAAUGAAAGUGAUACAAAAAAAAUGGAAAAUGAUACAAGCAUAUUGGAAAAUGAAAAUGGUGAAACCAAAAUGGAGUAUGAAGAUGAUGAAAUAAAAAUGGAAUAUGAAAAUGACGAAACCAAAGUGGAAUAUGAAAAUGAUAUAAUUAAUAGUAAAGCAUCAGAUGAAUUAUAUGAAUCAAGUCAAAACGAAAAUGUCAUACUAAGGGAAGAUGAAGUAAAACAUACACAUGAUACCUUUAAUUGUCCUUUUGAUAAAAGUGUAUUCGAAGCACCAAAGUUUUAUCCACACUACCUGAUGAAAGACCAUACUCUUCAAUAUUUAGAUCCUGUAAUUAAAAAAACCAAAAGAAGAAGUUUCUUAUGUUGUUGUACAUAA